AAAAAAAUAGUGCAACAACAUACACUGAAUUACGUCACGCACCCGAUAUGAAAUUCAGGCGUCAGUGUAUGGAAAAAUAUUGCCGUUUCCGGUACCAGUGUAACUUAACGGGGAAUAGAAACGUCAUGCCCACGUCUGCAACGAAAGAUAGGAACGGUAGUUAACUGCGUUGACAUUGAAUCAGAAAACCUGCAAAAGUGUAACAUGACAUGUGUAAAUGGAAAAACAUUGCCUAACGGUCAGAAAUCGUUUGAAUACACCUGUGGCGAAUCGACAAAUCACACAUGGCUACCUAUAGAUAAGACCCCCGAAUGCGUCGAUGUUUCAAGACCAGAUAUAUUUGGCACACAGACUAUCGUAACUUACGCAAACCCGAUCUCCGGAUCUGAUCAUCCUGGUGUUACAACAGCUGUCGAACAACAGUUCUCUGAGGUCGGGUGUGUUAAAAGUGGGUUAUGUGAAGUGACAUCAACAGUUUCCGAUUUAAGUCGAAAACGGAGAUCUACGUCAUCAACGUUAAUAAUGCAAUUCUCUAUUAGACUUACAGACACAGGCGAUUUAGCUCUAGGGGACUAUCUUUCUAAUGGAACAGAAACCUCUGCAAUGACAGAAUUGCUUAUUGCGCUUAAUGCAAUAACCGAGGUCAUCGAGUUCAUUCAGAACAACACGGCAUCGAUAUUCCAAGUCACUGUAGAUGGUGUAGAUUAUACACUGGCGAGUGAUACGGCAAGUAUCGUAGCAACAGUGACAUGCCCCAGUGGAUAUGCAGGAGCUGAUGGACUAUGUGCUAAAUGUGCUGUUGGAACCAAACUAGAAGAUACCAUAUGUGUUGAUUGUGAACCGGGAACCUAUCAGCCUUUGACCGGACAAAGCACCUGUUUGACUUGUCCUACAGGAUAUACCACACCGACAUACGGUGCAUCUGAUGUAUCAGAGUGCUCUGUGGAAAAAGCAGUUACUGAUAAUGAUUCCGACGACAACGAUGCUGAUGAUAAUGAUAAUGAUGGUGCCGAUAACACAGAUGACAGUGAACCAACUAAUAAUACUGUGUUGAUUGUUGUUGCUGUCGUCAGUUCGGUUGCUUUCGUUCUAUCAGUAGUUGCCGUCAGCAUACUGUUGUGGAAGAAAUGUAUUAGACGGCGCUUUAGACGAAACGAGACAAAUGGUAGUUUUGCAAGCCUCAGUAUGGUACGUUCCGCUACCAGUUGCUCAGGUGUUAUCGAAAAUAGUCGGACAACAUUCAAUAUAGAAAAAAUAAAGGGUUCUAUACCUGCCACACCACAGCAUCACCAUAACCCGAUGUUUGAAGGGGCGUUCCAAGACAAACCGCCUUCAUAUGAUAGCCAUGGGUUUAGUUAAAUAUGACUGCUCCAACUGUAACUGUUAUAGUGGUUAAAUGAAUUUGAUAAAUCGGAUAAUAUGGACUGAAUGAUGAUUGUCAUAAUAUCUCUAGGACCUUUGACUUUAUUAGACGCAAUUUAAUAAAUGGUGUUUUAAGUGAGAAACCUUGUGAUGAAAUGUUUUCGCUAUAAUGAACUAUUUGACAUCGUUUUUGGGGGUUUUCUUUGUUUUUGUUUUUUUGCUCUUCAUGCUGUGAUAUAUUGUGUUGAAAAUAGGUAUUGAAAUACAUGUACUUAUUUCAAAUGUGUAACGAAGGGACACAAAGACUGUGAUAAUUUGUUAACAAUACAUCUAUGUUAGAUCUAACUAUUAUAACUAUUUAUCUUUCAGUUAGGCUAAUAUAGAGCGUACUGUUCUGAUAUGACACAAAACACAAAACACCUACAGUAACAGACCAUUUUAUUUUAAUUUUCCCUUGUUUCAAUAAAUUGCCUUGAGUGUAAACACAAACAAUAUCAUAACAACUUGUUUUAUGUAUGAAUACAGCACGAUGGUGUAAACACUCUUAGUGUCGGAUAUGACUACCAUUGUCUCGCAUUAUCUUGAAGCUUUAGAAGUACUCUAGUGUUUAUGUCCGUUAAGUGUUCAAAUAGGUGUCUACAUUUAAGAUAUUUUUCAUUUAUUUAAAGAAAAACAAACACACUAACGGGUAGAAAAAUGUAUAUCACGCAUGCAUGCUUAUUUCUGUUGUUUAGACAACUUUUUCAUGUAUAAAAUAGUUUGGUUGGUGUUUGAAUACCGUCUAUAUCUAUAGAUUUAUAUAUCAAGGUGAAGCUGAAGCCUGUUUCCUUUGAAAUAUUUAUAAACACAUUAUAUUUUGAUUUGAUAUUUUACUUGUGGUUACAUGAUUGCACCUAUUUUCCGCAGCACAGUUAAUAUGGUCAUUUUGAUGAAUAAAUAAAACAUCUUGACUUCUUCUUGGUAUACAAAUAAAUGAUAUAAAGGAAUUUUAGUACACUA